UUGGCCUCACUGUAAUGAUGCAAACCCUCGAUGAAGUGGACCUCUGUUUCCCACAACUUCUCAACGCCUCCUGCAGGAAGACGGCAUUGCCUCCAGCUGUGUUCAUGAUCACUUACAUCAUGCUGACGUUCAUCGGUCUGCUCACUUUGAUGCUCAACUUGCUCGUCAUUGUCUCUAUCUCCCACUUCAGGAAGCUCCACACCCCCACCAAUAUCCUCCUCCUUUCUCUGGGUAUCUCAGAUUUUCUCGUGGGUUUCCUUAUUUUCAUUCAAACCUCGGCGAUAGACGGCUGCUGGUUCCUCGGUGACUUUAUGUGUAUUGUUUAUUAUGUCAUGGAAUACAUCAUCGUUUCUUCCUCGGUAGGAACCAUGGUCCUUAUAUCAGUCGAUCGCUAUGUGGCUAUUUGUGACCCAAUGCAUUACCGAACCAAAGUUACUGAAAAAAGAGUUAAGAUGUGUGUUUGUGCUUGUUGGGGGGGUUCGACCCUCUGUCACUGUGUGCUGCUGAGGCACAACCUGAAACAGCCAGGCAGCCUGAAUUCCUGCAUCGGAGAGUGUGUCAUUCUGAUAAAUAACAUCUCUUUUGUCAUAGACAUGACUGUGUCCUUUAUUAUUCCUGUCAUUUUCGUCGUUGUCCUAUAUCUCAGAAUCUUUGUGGCAGUCAUCGUUCAGGUCCGUGCCAUGCGAGUGCGCACGGCAGCCGGUCCUCAACAGAGCUCAGUCAAAGUAAAGAAAUCAGAAAUGAAAGCGGCACGGACUCUCGGCAUUGUUAUUGUUGUGUUUUUAUUAUGCGUCGGCCCGUUUUUUAGCAGUGCGGUGACAGGCGAGGACAUCCCGCUCAAUGUGUCAAGUGAUGCAUUUGUCAUACUUUUUUUCUACUUUAACUCCAGUUUAAACCCACUGAUAUAUGCCUUUUUCUACCCCUGGUUUAGAAAAUCUAUCAAACUAAUUUUUACACUACAAAUACUGAAGCCCGGCUCCUCUGACUUCAAAUUAAUGUAAAGACAACGGAGCUGAUGAGUAGUUUUUCAUAAUGUAGGGAUCCUAUAGACCAACAGAGAAACCCAGUGAACAGAGUAAAGUCUAGACAUAAAUUAAACAUAAACUGUCUGCUUAGGUGGACAUUAGAAUCUCUUCUAUGCUUUGACCCUGAGUUUGGAAGUGUGCAUAUAGUGCUGCAUGCAACAUCCCAGCCAUGUGCAGGCACAACACACGUGGGAAAACUGAAAACCUGAUGUCCUUUAUUGCCUUAAAUGCAUAAUAUGUCACAUAUUGUGUCCAGAAUAUGUUAUACAUAUUGCACAAGUCAAUUCCCACAAGUUUUCUGCCACUAAAUGUCAAUUUUCCUGUCUCAUUUAUGCUUUUAUCACUGCACUUUAGCUUUUUGUUCAAUUUUCUACAUGCACCAUGACUCUCUGUGACCAAACUGCGAUUUAAAUAGUUGUAUAAAUAGUAUAGUUUGUUCUAUUUUUGUUUCUCCAAGAUAUGACUCAGCAAAUUGUGUUAGGGUCAUUGAUAAUCUCUUGUGCAUUUUUAAGGAUGUGUCUUUGAUGAAUUUUGCAAUGCUGAAAUUUAAAGUUGCUGUCACUGAAUUCAUUUGUUAUUAUGUGUGCCAAAUCUAUGUUUUUGGCUUCUAUCACUGAGCUAUAACAGUUGUUUUCAAAGAAUAAGAACUGACACUCACAUUCAUGCAUGAAUUUAUGACCCAAACUGUUUAAACUCAUGAUCAUUUCACAGGUACCUUCAUGCAAUAGCCAAGUGAUAUGGCCUUAAUUUAAUAUCCUGUUUAAUUUAAGUCAAUAGGUGAUAAAUGAUGUUGGUAUUUUAUACAAAAUGUGCUUUAAGUGUCUAGUUUUCACUUUAUUUUAUGUAUUUUGCACAGCACAAUACAUAAAAAUGAUGAUGCAAAUAUUUUUAAUUAAAUUUAGAGCAGUCACAAUGAAAACCAAAGUGGUGAUGAUGUUAUGAUGAUAUCUGUAAUAUUAAGCGUGAAUAGUCCUGAAUGAGUCUCUGCAUCAGAGAGCUGUGUGUGUGUACCUGGUAUUCCUCAUGUUGUGGGGACCCUGU